UUCAACUAGCCCGUGCUAGCAAGCACACCCCAAGCCUGUGAUAAACACUCUAGUCGUACAAACCCUUCAUAGUGCCUCAAGCUGCUACAAAAUGACAAGUAAAGUGCUCUAAAUUCACUGUUUUGCCCCAAUAACCCCUUGUGUGAUUGGAUUACCCCAGUGUUUUUUAUGUGCCUAUAAUUCUGCUGUACGUAAACAGCACUAAGCAACUAUGGAGCAGUUCGAGUCACUAUUGACGUGCUGCGUCUGCCUCGACCGGUACAGGAAUCCCAAGCUGUUGCCAUGCCAGCACAGCUUUUGUAUGGAGCCGUGUAUGGACGGCCUUGUCGACUACGUCAGGCGACAGGUGAAAUGUCCAGAAUGCCGUGCCGAGCACAGAAUCCCAUACCAAGGUGUUCAGGGAUUCCCUACAAAUGUCACUCUCCAGAGGUUUUUGGAACUUCACGCAAACAUCGCUGGAGAGCUUCCAGACCCAACGGCUGGGCAAGUAAUGGAAAGAUGCAAUGUAUGCUCAGAAAAGGCGUACUGUGCACCAUGUGCCCAUUGCGACAAAAAAGUCUGCGAAGACUGUAAGUCAGCACACAUGGAAGUUUUACGUAGAGAAAUUGCUAGAAUCAACAAUCAAAUACGCCGUGGUCUCAACAGGCUACAAGACAUCCUUGGAGUAGUUGAACGUAACACAAUAAACCUUCAGACCAACUGUGGAGCAGUGGCUGGAGAAGUCGACGAAAUUCAUAAAAGACUAGCCAAGGCGCUAAAAGAUAGAACCGAUUUCUUAAGAAACGAAGUUGAUCGCUACCUUGCUACUGAACUUAGAAACCUCACUAAUUUGAAAGAUAACUUAGAGUUAGAAUUAAGUAAUAUACAAAGUAAUUGUGAUCUCGCCGAUAAAUAUAUGAACGACGACGUAGAAUGGGAAGAUACGGAGUUAGUAGAUACUAAAGAAAUUUUCUUAAAAACGGUCGAGUUCCUCAGAAACUUCGAUUACGAAGCGGGUGAUUACAACCGUAGAGUACGGUUUAUUAUGACCCACGACCCGAACCAGUUGGUCAUGCAUGUUGCAAGCUACGGUGAACUAAAUAUCACUCAACCUAAUGCAUAUUCCUCAAGUAUGCAACAGAACCAAGGUUUGACAAGAUCAAAGAGUGACCAUCGCUUAGCUUCACAGUUCCGCCAACAAGAAGAAGCAAAGGGCUGGCAAGAGAAUGAUGAGCCCAUAUUAGGCGGUCGCAAAUUCGGUGAACGCCGUCCUCCUCCACCUGAGAAGCAUACAAGGGACUAUGGCGCUACUGAUGAUUACAGCGGGUAUGAGUCAGAACAUAGGCCAGCGAGAUCUAGGUUCCGUUCUCGCUUUGUCAAGAGUCAUCUAGACAAUGACUCUGACUCAGAACAAACUUCUCGUGCAACUAAAUCCGAGCAGAAAGAAAAAGAAAAGGAGAAAGUAGUUGACACUGAAGACGCUACUCGAGGACCACUUAGUGGUAUAUUCCGAUUAAGCGACUGUCCGCGUGUAAUGCAGAGGAUAUUAGACGUCGACAGUGGAAAGAAGAAAGAAAAAAAAGAACCUCCUCCACCUCCUCCUAAGCCUGUCCAGCCCGCACCUCAGCCGCGUCAGCGUCCACCACCAGCGCAAAGGCAACAAAGUGAAGACGAUGAAAUAUCACGUCUCAAAAGACAAAACAAAGGCGCCGCUGCUUCUUCACAAGAACCUGAACGUGCACCAGCUCGACCAGCAGAAGAAGAACGUACCCCAGUUAAUCGUAAACCACCUACACCAGCGCGGGAGGCGUCCAGUGACGGUGAAUCCGAUGAAUCAGUUGGAUCUCUGCAGCGAAACCAGCGUAAAAAUGCGCCUGCACCACAAAAGCCGGUCACAACUACAAGGAGACCCUCAGCUACUGAAACGCCAGCUCCUCACCGCCCCGCCGCUCGUGCUCCGAGCACGGAAUCUAGCGCCUCUACUGAAAGUUCCGGCUCGGCGGUGAAACAUACAGGUGCCAUUUUAAGCAUCGCAGAAUUAAAAGCAAAAUAUAGCCCUAGCGCGCCUGCAACAACUCCUGGAUCUCGUUUCUCUUCCGCAGGCAACGAGAGAACAGCACCAGCGGCAACUAACGGCACAGCUGGUGGCGCGCAACGGGUUCAGAGUCGCUUUAUCGGCUCUCAGCGACCCACACCUGCCCCGGCACCCGCCGAGCCGGUUCACGAGGACUCCGACACGAGCUCCGAAGAAGAAACCGACUCGUCGGAGGAGAGUGACGAGGAGCCUGUCACGCAAAGGAAGCCCGAGAGCCAGGCGAUGGCUCGAAGUGACAUCGGUCCAUUACUCGCGCGUAGUAACAAUGCCCGUAACGAUGCCGUUGAAAAUAAAGCAAAAGAGUCUCCCUCACAAUCGCGAUACCGCACGAGACAGUCAUCACAGACAGAAGAAGAGCCUGCAACUAGGUACAGUGCUGGUUCUUCGUUAAGUAACAGAUAUGGUAGCAAACCAAGAGAAGAAGAACCGCCAUCAUCUUUGGAUGAUGAGACGAAAUAUCCCACGGCUAGAUCCAGAUACCUCGCCCUGAAAGAGCGCCGCAACCGUCUCGCAAGAAGUAAAAGCAGCCACACCGGUUUCGGUGCAGGAGACGACGACGAUCAGGACGAUCCGGUGUCGCCCACAACAGCAUCGCCUUCUGCGUACCUUGCGGCUCGAUACGGCUCCGGCACUGGUGGUUCGGAGUUGUCUCGUAGCCGAUCCUCGCACGCACUGAAGUCACGAGAGAGCUCGCCUGAACGGCCGGCCCCCGGUGAAAAAGACGGAGCGGCCCUCAGUUCUUGGGCGAGAUAUUUGAAGAACAAGUACGGAUCGCGGGGCAAGGAUCGCGAUCCUUCGAGUACAUCGUCGAGCACAUCCCGUCGCCUGUCUCUCGGGCUACCUUUACGCUCGGCAAACGAGCUUGCCAGUUCUGAUGACGAUUCAAAAAACGCGGCAGGCUCCCCCAUCUCCCCUACGGCGGCUACAGCAGCGGUAGCAGGUUUCGCAGCAGCCGGUUCCUCCCCUAGGAGCCAGUACAUGCAGAAACGCCGUUUACAAUUCAGCGUGGGGAGUCGGGGGAGCGAACCCGGAUGCUUUACAUGGCCUCGUGGUAUCGCUGUAGGUCCCGACAAUACUAUGGUCGUGGCUGAUUCAUCCAACCAUAGAGUGCAGGUGUUCGAUUCCAACGGUAUUUUCGUGAAAGAGUUUGGUCAGUACGGCAGCGGCGAAGGAGAAUUCGACUGCUUGGCCGGUGUAGCUGUCAAUAGGAUCGGACAGUACAUUAUAGCUGAUAGAUACAAUCAUCGUAUUCAAGUGUUUGACCCUCAAGGUCGGUUCCUGAGGGCAUUCGGUAGCCAGGGCACUGGUGACGGCAAGUUCAACUACCCGUGGGGCAUCACCACGGACGCUCUCGGAUUUAUAUACGUCUGUGACAAGGAAAACCAUAGAGUACAGGUAUUCCAAUCCGAUGGUACGUUCGUCGGCAAGUUUGGUUCCUUCGGUUCCAAACUUGGUCAGCUAGAACACCCCCACUACAUCGCCGUCUCCAGCACCAACAGGGUCUUGGUCUCAGACUCCAACAACCACAGGAUACAGGUCUUCGAUGUCAAUGGAAGGGUCCUCUCAUCAUUCGGUGAAGAAGGAUCUGAAGAUGGACAGUUCAAGUUCCCGAGGGGUGUAGCAGUAGAUGAUCAGGGCUACAUCGUGGUUGCUGAUUCUGGCAACAACCGUAUCCAGAUAUUCCACCCUGAUGGUGCGUUCCUCAGAGCCUUCGGAUCUUGGGGAUCUGGUGAUGGGGAGUUCAAGGGUCUGGAAGGCAUUGCCGUGAUGUCUGGUGGCAAUAUCAUCGUCUGUGACCGAGAGAACCAUAGGGUACAAGUCUUUUAAGAUAAACAGCGUUUUCUACUUGAUACGAUAUAAUAAUAAUUUUCUAUACUGAAAAAACUUUUUUUAUACCAAAACUCAUAAUUAUGUAUUUAAAAUAUGUAAAAUCAUGUUUUUAUUUAAAUAAAAAUAAACAAGCUUUCUUUUCAACUGUCAGUUUCAAUUAUUGUUUUAAAUUUCAAAACAAAAAAAAUAUAAACAAAUAUUUCUUAAAAAACAAUUUUUUAUAGGCUUCUAAAGAACAAAGAAAAUUUGCUUACUCGAAAAAUUUAAACGUCAAUGCUUUUUAUUGGAUUGUAAGAUUGACGGAUAAUCUCAAAGGACUGGAUUGAUUGGGACGUCUCUCUUUUCUAUUUGAUCAAAAUCUUAAAUAACUGAGGGUCAGUCGAUCAGCGUCGCAAUUGUUAUCACUUCUAAGAUAGAUGAUCUGUCAAUGGAUGCCUGAUUUCCCUCAGUCCUAUCACUUUUAUCCAAAUUGAAAGAUAUUGUAUUAUUAAAUAAAUAUUCAUUGGUUUAUUGGCGAAAAAAUACGUAAAGCAUAAAGUGUCUCAAAAAGGAUUAAUAGAAAAAAUAUCUUUUGUCAAAGGAAAAAAGUGAUUCCAAGCCGCAGCACUUACUCAAAGUAAUCGAGUAACACGGUAUGGUUAUCCUGUUUUAUGUUCAAUCCAGUCGGAUGAGUCUUUGAAGAUAAAAGAAACUUUACUGUUUGCCACAAAAUUCUUUCUUUCAGUCCAUCACACAUUCUGUAAAAAAAUACACGACAAAAAAUAAAAUUCAAAUCAAAAAAUAAAAUACAGCAUUUAAAAAUAAAUGUUUUUUAACAAAAUACACUUAAGCAUUUAUGAGAAACUGAGUUUAAAUCGCAAUGUUUUAUUCAAAUAGAUUUUUAAAUAAAUAUCAUAUGUUAUUCAGAUACAAAAUAAAAAAAAAAUGUAAAUAUAAUGUAUUCAAUAUGAACUGAACGGUAGGUAAUAAAAUAAACCAAAAAAAUGUUGCCAUACUCAUUAAAUGUAGCUUUAGUAGAUUUGUUUGCUUAUACAUUUUACUAGUCGAUUUCGAAUAAAUGUAUUGUAAUUGUUUUAUUUAAUUUUAUCAUAGCUUUUAUGUGACUUUGAGUCAUAGUAACGAAUAUAUACUAUAUAAAAUAUAAUUGAAAUAUAUAGAAAUAUAUCUUAUUUAAUUGCCAAGACACGGGAAUUUUGAACAAGUUUUAAUAUCAGCGAUUUAAUUUAUCGUCUACCUUAAGAGCAGGUUUAUAUAUUAAGAAUGUAUACUUCGUGUAAUGUAAUAGGUAUGAAUUAUAUCUGAAUAGUACCUACGUCUAGUCUUAGCAGUAAAUAAUCUUCCUACGAAAUGUAAUGCUUACGAAAUAAGGUAUCCGAAAUAAUAAAUUUGUGCCAAAAAAAACGAAGUGUCGCAUAAGCGAGGGGCGUAGAGAUAGCAGGCGCGACAUUUUUCAAAUCGUAAAAGUACUGUCACGAAUAAAUUUUGAAAAUGUAUGAAGCUAAAUAAUCUUAUGAAAGUAUUUUUUUUCUACUCAUAUUAAAACCUUGCCCUUUUCUUUUAAAUUGUUAUUUUGUGCUUCUUUGACAUUUAAAUAAAGUCACCUAUACGUUUUUUUUUAUAAAAUUGAUACUUAAACAUUAUUUCACUACUUUCAUAUCCCAUAGCCCAAGCAAAUGUUUAACCACAUCAUUAUAAUAUCACCAUGAAUCACACAGUCAUAAUUGUAUAUUUUUCAUACAUUUCUACGAUUUUCUAGAUGAAAAAUCGCUCCUGCUUUCAAUAUAUCCUCGCCUUUAUUAUUCCGUGCCGAUAUGAGAAAAUGAAAUGACAUUAUGUAUACAACGACACAUACUUUUUACAUUUGUUAUAAGUUUCUGUCACGAAGAACACUUUAUACUUUGGUUUGUUUAUUUCUGGUAUAAAAAUAAUAUGUGACACAAACUCAUUGACUUUGUAUAUUCAAUAUUAAUGUCACAAAAAUAUAUUUCAUUUUAAAUGAAAGUAAAAGUGGCAAACAUAAAAAGUAUCAGUUAUUAAAUAAUGUAAAAACUAUUCACAAUUUUCUUAAUUGAACUUUUCAUUUAAAUUGAAUAAUUCAAUUAACAAAUGAAUUUUAAGAAUAAAUGGCACGUAAUAAUAAAGUGAUCCGAUUUAUUUAUUUUACGUAGAAACAAUAAAUGUAAUUAAAUGAAAAUGUAAUUAACAAUUGCACAGCUUUGCUUCUGUUUUAUUAUUAAAAUAUAAAAUAUUUUGUGUACAUACAUACAUACUACAUGUACUUGAUAGAUAUAAGAACAUAAUAUUGCCAAAGAGGACAUUUUGUAUGGUUUUCAAGUUUAAAUAAACAUGAUUUGUUACUGAAAA